AAGAAGCCUGGCUGGAGAGGGGGGUAUAUCUGUCACUGUCUGGCAGCUAAUGAAAAGAUAAACUUGCAAGUCUGGGGCUUCACUUUUAACUGCUCAGAGCUACAUCUCCCUCCCCACCUACCUACCUACCUACCUCCCAUUCACUCACCUGGGGGAAGGUGACAAGAAGCUGAACCCAUCAGGGAGCAUUGGAGAAUGAUGAAUUCGACUUUUGAAAGCCUAAUGACCGACCAUGAGAUUGACCACAGCCUCCAUACGGACAGCGGGGAAGAUGAAGGCAGUUCAGAGCUUGACAUUUCAGGUGCCAAGAGGAAACGAAGGGGAAACCUCCCGAAGGAUGCUGUGAAAAUCCUGCGGGACUGGCUUUUUGAGCACCGCUUCAACGCUUACCCAUCAGAACAAGAGAAACUCAGUCUGUCUGGGCAAACCAACCUCACUGUCCUGCAGAUCUGUAACUGGUUCAUUAAUGCCCGCCGACGAGUUUUACCUGAGCUUUUGCGAAAAGAUGGGAAAGACCCGAACCAGUUCACUAUUUCACGUAAAGGUGGAAAGUCACCAGAAAUGCCUUCCCCGAGAACCCCCACGUCGCUGCCCAGCGUCCUGGUAAUGCCCCCUACAACUGCUGUCCCUGCGAGGAUACUCUCCGUGCCUCUGCUGUACCCGGUAGCACAGCCGGUGGCUAACCUGGUUAGUCAUGACCUAAUCUUGCCCAGUAUGGUGCCCACCAUCAAGACCGAAGAGGGUAGCACGACUGUUUUAUUGCCCAAGAAACGUGCCCGAAGCCCAACACAUGAACUUGUCAACACACCACCUCCUUCCCCCUCGCCCCCUCUGCUGUUCGGAGGGGCAAGCAUUAGCAGACUGAACAUUUUGGCACAAGUGGCAACAAUGUGCAUGGCAGAAAUGGAAGCUGAAGAGGCAAAAAGGGAGGCUGCCCGCUCUGCUCUUACAUCAUUGUACAAGGCUGCACCAAUCACGACAAGCACCCCCAAUUAGAGUUGUGCUGUCCAACUGAAUAAAGAGGGGGUCACAUUCCUGAACUCCCCCCUUCUUUAUGAACAGUUUUGCGGGGGCACUUAAAAUGGAUGCUGAGGAAACAAGGAUUUAACCAUGUGACCAAAAAGGACAUUCUGGCCCCAAAGAUGGUGCGCAAACAUGGCUUCCAUGCCUGCAAAGAAUGCACAACCCCUGAUCUUGAAAUUCGGGGGACCUUUGCUGCAUGUUGGAUUGGGAAGCAAAAGAAAGGUCCAAAUAUAUUUUCUCAUAAAAGAAACUUUAUCUGUUUACAUUGAGUAUUUGUCCCCACUUUGUGUGUUGGGGGGGAGAUUGGAAUUGGGAUUAGGGGCAAUAAGGCACCUUGGGGCAAGACUGGUCGGCAUCUUCCUUACUCCUUCCCAGCAAAGUGCACAGUGUUGUGUAAAUAUGCUGCUACCCCCCUCCCCUUUUGUGCACUUUAUAGGUCAAAAUGGCCACCAGUUCCGCAGCUUGAUGAGAGUACCGAGUAUCCUUCACACCACUACAGCUGGAUUUCCAGAGUCGCUUAGGCCGCACACGAUAAUGACUGAGCCGAGUCUGCCAUACUCGGCACCACUGUACACAGUUGUUUGCUAAAUACCCAAGUGUGCUUAAGGGGAUGAGAUUUAUGCUGAUGUUGUUGACUAAUCCUCAUUUAUUGAACUUCCUUCCUGACACUGUUUGACAACCUUGGCCUCUCCAGCUGUUCUCAAAGGGCUACAACUCCCAGCAUCCCAGGGAGUCUGCUGGGAGCUGCCGUUUUCCAACAGUUCGAGCGAUAAAGGUUGUCUAAAUAUACGAGUUUACCUUAUUUUUUUUUUUAUUUUUAUUUUUUUAUUUUGAACUGUGAAUGUGUAGUAAAUACCAUGUAUCUAUUACUCCGUAUCUAUAUUAUCCAGUAUUUGGUGCAGAGAAGAUGGGUUUGCUCUCUGACAUUAUGUAGACUGGAAAGUGGGACAGAGGAAUGUUUUAGUUCCUUUGCUGCCUUACAAUAUAUGUCAUUUACUGCCUCCUCAGCAGGUUAUAUAUACAGCUAAAGGGAUUGUGGGUAUGGGAGGGGGGUGGGAGGUAUAGGGUCCCCAUUCAUUUUCCCUGAAGGCGCAGUUUAUUUUCUGUACGGAUAAGGGCACUGCCCAAUUGCUUACAGCAUUUUAUAGUGAUGUAGAACAGUAUCAUCUUGACCACUGGGGGAGCUGUUACAUUAUGUUUUUUACAUCAAUAGGCUGCAAUAAUAGGAUCAUUACUGGUCAUGGCUAUAUGGUUGUCUAUGUAGAAUUUUCCAAUAUGGCAGCUUCCACUUAUGCAGAUAAGCAUCCAUGGUAUUAUAUGUUACAUGGGAAUAACUGGAGGAUGAGCUCUGACUAUAAAUAACAUGUAUUUUACCUAUUAAAAGGAGCAAUUAUGUGGAAAUGGUCAAAAGAAUGGUUUCAUGCUCAGUUUUCAUUGGCACACAGGGAGAUUUGGGGCAUUUUGGCCCCAACUGCUGAUAGUAGCUGGAUGGGGGGACAAUAUCACCCCCUAUUCAAAUGAAGAAAUAAUGGCCUGAAUGCUUGGAGCCAUGAUUUCUGCCAAUUGCAAUAGAGGUCAAAUAUCCCCAUGCGCAGUCACUACUUUCCCUACAUGGUUAAAUACCCAGAACCUCCUGUUGCAUUGCCCCUGUGGGCAGGUACCCAAAAGAGCAGCAUGUUAUUGAUCGUUACUGCCAAAAAGCAGUCGCAGGGUGGAAAUGUUCCUGUAACACUUAACCCUUUACUUCCUGCAAAGAUAUUUAAAUGGUUGAUGUCUUAUUUUUAAAAGCAGAGAUGUACAGUACAGUGUUUAUUGUAGUAUUCUUGACAUUGAGAUAUUAAAGGUUCAACCCUUCUUGCCCAAUUAAAGCAGAAAUAUACCUUAAGUCUUAUUUACGUCUGCAUGAGGCCAGAGCUUAAUGCCAUUCGCUUGUGUUUAUACAUUUGCCUAUAGCAAGUUAACCUCAUAUGUCAUUGUCUGCCUCUAUGUACGGGGUAUUUACCCUUUUACAAUAUUGGGGAAUCAUUUUCUGUUGCAAAUAAAUUGACCUGCAAAGCUGCAGUCCACUGUAUCCAAAGUGGCUGCUGGGAAUUGUAGUCUUAUACUAGUUAGAGUGCAGCAGACUUGUUAUUGGGUGCAAGGGAAGGCUUUGCGUUAGCUCUUUGCGCUUCAGACUCAUUGUAAGUAUAAGCCUAAUCAUUAUACUAGUAUUACCCCAUAUUGGCCACUAGAUGGCAGCAUUACCACCUAGCAGGUCUAGUGAUACAAUUGUGUGUAAGUAAGAUUUAACCCAAAAUCCUCUUUAAAGUAAUGGGUAAAAUGAGCUAUAAGAAUAGGGGGGGGUUUAAAGAGUAAAAUACAGUAAAGGCAUGUGAGAUGGAGUAGUAAAACAGCCCCACUUAUAAAUAAGCUGUUAAAGUUUUUACGUCAGUGCAAUGUCUUUAUUCUAAAUAGGAUGAGCUAGAAUUGUUUGUAUUUUGGAUCAGAAUGGAACAAGUCACAUUAUUCCUAUGAAAUUACCUCUUUUUUUUUUUUUUUGGAAUAAACAUUUCAUGUAUUUUUUCAUGCCGUAGAGUCAUUAAAUUAUAUGAACUGGGAGAUAUUUUGGCAUGCCAGCAAAAGGUGAAGCAAUAGGGUGUCUUGGCUGGGACAGCAGCACCCAUUGCCCGUGAAUCUCAUUUAUUGGUUUUUAUGGUACAAGCUGUAUGAAUGUUUUAACAGAUUAUUUCUGUGUGCAUUUUUUUUUUUUUUAUAAAAUUUGUAAUAAAAAAAGUGUUUUGGAAAGUAA